AUGGACUUCAACCCGCGCAUGAGCGUCGCCCGCUCCUCCGCCAACAGCCAGUCCCGCAGCCGCCAACCGCACGACGAAAGCGAUGCUUUCAUGACACUGCCCGACAAAGAAAUCGCAGGAUGCAUCUCAGACAUCGGCAUCGGCUUCACCGUUGCAGACCUACAAAAGCCGAACCCGCAACAGAUCCAGAAGGUCUUCGAAUGGUUCGCGGAAAUACUCAUGAACACGACGCGCGAGGUCGUUGCGCCGGCGAUGAGGGCCGCGGCGGAGGAAUUAGCGGGUGGGCAGGCGGAUGUUAUCUUCACAGCUGACACGAGGGAUCUGAUGGGGUUCUUCGUGACGUGUCAGCGGCUGCUGCGCGAGUGCGGCAUAAACGACUUCACCUUCUCCGACCUCUACAGACCCACGUACCCGCGCCUUGUAAAAAUCUUCUCCUACAUCAUCAACUUCAUCCGCUUCCGCGAAUCCCAGACCUCCAUCAUCGACGAACACUUCAACCGCUCCGAGCAAACGAAGACCCGCAUUGAGAAGCUCUACGCUGAGAACCAAACCCUCGAAGACCGCGUCUCCGAGCUCGCGCGCACCAAGCCCACCCUCGACAAAACACUGCGUGACAAGGAGGCCCGCAACGAGGAGCUCAAGACGCGCCUCAUCGAGCUGAAGCGUGGGCAGCAGAGCGUGCUGGAGAAGCUGGAGCGCCUCAAAGAUGAACAGCGCCGGCUCAAAGCCGUGCUAGAGGAGCGCACAACCGCCGAGCUGACGGUCAAGCAGGAGGUCGCCAAGCUGCGGCCGUACACGCAGCAGAGCCCCGCAGCGCUGGAGACGCAGCUGCGCGAGCUGAGCAGCAGUCUCGGCGCGGAUAAAGCCCAGAUUGAGGCGCUGGACCGGCGGGCGCGAGCGCUGCAGACGAGUUCCGACACCUUUGGCGUCGUCGGCGCAGAUGUAGCCGCGUGUACGAAGCUGCUGGGAGAUCUGCAGAACGACUUGGCCAAGGAGGAGGAAGAGCUCGCCAAGGCAGCGAGGCAUAGAGACGCGUUGUCGGAACGGUCGAAUAAUGUGAGGGAUGUCGAGAGGCAGGAGCGUUUGCUGCAGAAGCAGUUGGGGAAUGUGAAUGCGAGGACGGAGAAGCUGAGACGGAAUGCGGAGGAGAAGGCGGAGGCGGCGAGGGUGAGGAUGGAGGAGCUAAGGGCAGUGCAUGAGAAGCUGGGGAAGGAGAGGAGCGAGAAGGGAAGGGAGAUGGAAAGGAGGAGGGUUAGGAUUGAGCAGACGGAGAAGAAGAUGGCCGAUCUCAAGGAGAACAUCGAGAGUGAGGUCCACUCUGCCCAUGCCGAGUACCUCAAGAUGGAGUCACACAUCAAGCUAUACAUCACAGAAAUGGAGCAGAGCAUAUAG